AUGGGGAUUCUCUUCUUGCCGCGAGCUGUGUUCACGAGCCUCCCUUCUCCGAUCCGAGGCGCCCGCGGCCGACGGGACGCAUCUAAGAGGGGGAGGGCGCUGGCGCCGGCGAAUGCCACCGCGCAGAGGGGGCCUCGACAGCGGCGCAGCCAGAACGUCGAGGGAGAGUUCUUCGUAGGUGAGGAGACGCGCAUAGCAGGAUCCUCUUUCUUCGCUCCCUCGAUUCCCAUCGUCUUCCUACCUUUCCGUGUGACUUGUAGAUGAGAGAUGCAUCGACUGCGACGCGUGCCGCUGGAUGGCGCCGGUGAGGCGACGAGCUCGCUCCCGUCCUCCCCUCCGUGCUGAUCUCCGUCAAUCUUGUCCCCUCUGAUGACUUCUCCUCCUCUGGUUCGGCUCUCGUAUGUGUGUGAAGGACACCUUCGCGCGGAUCGGCGAGAAAUCGGCGGUCUUCAACCAACCCGGCGAUGAGGAAGAGAGGUUUCGAGCUCUCCAGGUUUCAGCUCACCCUCUCCAUUGCCUUCCCCGGGCUCAGCCCUCCUUCCUCCUGCUGACGUGCCCUAGCUCUCGUGCAGGCACUGCUCUCCUGUCCGACGGGUUCCAUCGGCACCGAGAAGUCCCCUGUGGAGAUACGCCGAGUGCAGGAGACCUUCCCUCUUCCAAUCGACGAGCAGAGCCUCCCGGUAACCCCGCCACUUUCUCUGCUUCCUUCCUCCUCUCCUCUCCAUUGCAGAGACGACUGCGCUGUCUAAGUCAUCUCCGGGCCUAGAUCUUCAAGAAGACUCGGCAUACCCGGUGACGAUCCCAGCAUUUUAGGCAGAUUAUGCUUCCUGUCAUCAGAAAUCAAUAUUGAUCGGGUGCUCUGAGCUUUGACCCAUUAGGAAUGAUUACACCUCGUGGCCCCUUACAGUACGGAAUCGUGAGUUUCUUCCAGCAUCUCUGAUAUUUUUUGCAGGAUGUGCGCCACUGUGGUUAUCAUUCCAAAGACUCAUUUGGAGCAACGAGCUAUCUCAUUGUCCACCCCAAAGGAAAUAUACUCGUCGACAGGUAAACGGCUAAUUCCCCCAUUCAUCAGGCUCUCUCUCUCUCUCUCUCUUCUGGUGUGCACUGAUAACUAAGGGUGAGAUAUUGUGAAGCCCAAGAUACGCCAAAGUGCUUGCACGUCGGAUUGAGAUGCUCGGAGGGGCCCGUUUCAUGUUUCUGACUCACAAGUAAGAUUGCAGAACGCUGUUUUAAGCUAUUGCCUCUUGCCUCCCUCCCUCUAUUUAUCUCAUCUUUCCACAUCGAACCUUUCUUUCUGGAUCGAGGGAUGACGUGGGAGACCAUCAUGCGUGGCACGAGAAGCUGGGGUGCGAGAGAAUACUCCACUCAGCAGACGUAAGCCAGAAUCUUACAUGCGAGCUAAAAUGAUCAAAGUUGCCUUUUUAUUUUUGAUGAUUACCCGGUUCCUCUGAAAGAUGCCCAUCUGGGUCUUACGAAGAGACUUCAAUCUUAUGUGGACUUUCCUUGCCUUGAUUUUGCCUUCCAUUCGGAGAAGGUGGAAGCUUCCACGGCUGAUGUAGAGAUGCAGCUAUAUGGUGAUGGGCCAUGGAGUCUUGGCGCCGACUUUGACCUUAUUCAUACCCCGGGCCACUCCAAGGCAAGUACGACAUUUGUCGAUAGCUCUUUGAGCCCCCACCCUUGAGCCGUUGACCAUUAAUUUUUCGACCUCUGUACUUGAUUAUAUCUGGGAUUUAGCAGUGAUGCGGCCGUUCAUCUGGGAAUGAAAGUUUAUUUAGAUGCUAGUAGUGCCUGCGCGGCAGCAGAAUCUCUUUCGGCAUCUGAGCGCAGAUCUCAUCACUAACCAUGGCGUUCAUCUGAUGUGUUCGUCAGGGAUCAGUCUGCUUGUUCUACAAGCCCCGGAAAGCGCUCUUCACUGGAGACCAUCUCGCCACAUCAGAAGGGUCUGAUUUGAACAUGUUCGAGAAGUACAACGGUUUUUCAGGUUAUUAGGGUGGACCCAACUAGCUUUAUCUCAUUCGUUCGUUUAUAGAGCUGACUUCCCUGGCAUGUGAAUUUCAGUCAAGCUGCAGUUGUCGAAUAUCCGGAAGCUGCUGGACUUGGACUUCUUGUGGGUUCUUCCUGGUUAGUCUUCUGUUUCCUGCAAGCCAGCUUUCUUUACGGACCAUGUGAAAUAUGGGUCGACGGCCAAACUUUGAAGUAGAAAAGGAAGGGCAGUCUUUGAGAAUUCACACUGCGUAGCUCUCAAGAAUGAUUGGGGUCUUGCAGGGCAUGGAAGGAGAGUGAGAUUCAGAGACACGAAGGAGAGGAAUUCUGCCUUGGAAGCCUUCCUGGCGGCAAAAGAGAUCGAACAUGAUAACUCCGUCAUUAUAUAA